CGUAAUGCCGCUACGCCUCAUGCUUCAGACGUAACCCGGAAGUAGCGCCGGAGCCCUUGAAAGCACGGUGAAAAUGCUUACAUUCAGUUUAACGUUUGUACGACAUGGUGAGACGCAGUACAACAGAGAGAAGCUGCUACAAGGUCAGGGCGUGGACACUCCUCUGUCGGAGACAGGCUUGCAGCAGGGGGAAGCAGUUGGACAAUACCUGAAAGACGUCAAAUUCAACAAAGUGUUUGUUAGUAACCUACAGCGAGCUGUGCAGACGGCUGAAAUAAUUCUGAGAAACAACACUCACUGCUCUGGCAUGGACAUGGUGUUGGAGCCUUUACUCAGAGAACGGGGUUUUGGCGUCGCCGAAGGCCGUCACAAAAGUGAUCUGAAGAACAUGGCCAACGCUGCCGGUCAGUCGUGUCGUGAUUACACACCGCCAGGAGGAGAGACUUUAGACCAGGUGAAGCUGAGGUUCAAAAAAUUCCUCAAAGUCCUUUUUAAGCAAAUGCUGGAUGAGUACAGCUCAUCGGCGUCGGACGCCUCCUCGGCUGCCCACGGCGCCACCGACGUCUCCCCUGACAGCUCAGCCAGCGACGGCCUCCACGGCGUCCCGGUUCACGUGUUGGCAGUGAGCCACGGCGCUUACAUCCGCGUGGUCAUCAGGCACCUCGUGGAGGACCUGAACUGUGCGCUCCCCGCGGGAGUCAAGAUGUCGCAGCUGUUUUCGCCCUGCCCCAACACUGGGAUCAGCCGCUUUGUUCUCAGCCUGACCAGGACCGACUCGGGGCCGGCCCUCUCUGCAGCUCGCUGUGUUUUCACCAACAGGAAGCGCCACCUGGAAAACCUUCCAGACGACGAGCAGAGUAAAGGGAAGUAAAACAAAAAGCUUUUCUGUGUGGAAGACGCAGAGUCUGAGGGAUAGUGUAACUAUCAUGAACAGACAAAGGUAAAACCUCAUUUUAUCAGCAUUAGAUUUAUUGUACUGUAUUGUAUUACAAAUAUCUCCUUUAAACACUUUUAAAGUUGACUUAAUUUAUGUUACUGCUCUGUCAGUAUUUAUACUGAUGUGUCUCCUGUAGGGGAGAAGAGCUGCUGCUUGUUUAACUUGUGCAAUAAAAUGUAAAAACACUGAGCUGUAGAUUUCCCUAUAAAAGCUGUAUUUAAUCAUAAAAAACGGACAAAUCUGAUUGUGUGUUUAAGGUGAAAGUAAUUGUUUAACUUUUCAAACUGAACAGCAGAUCAGCAGCUUGACUUGAUUAUAAACUGACAGCCUCCUGCUCAACGUUAUAUUAUUACACAGAAGAAAAAAAAUCACAGAAAACCUGUGGAAGAUGUCCUGCCUCAUGGCUUUGGUAUCUGUUUUAUUCACCAUUGACUGUAUUUGUCACUUAAGAUUUACAUUAUGUUCAUUCAGCUAUGGAGCAACAGAAUAAAAAUUAGCUUUAGCUUUUAGCUUUAAGGGACUUUGUCUCCAUGCCAGAGUUUUAGACUAAAACCAUCUGAUGUUGAAGAUAGCCAAAGUUGUAACCGUUUUGAUCAAACAUUCAGAAUAACWCGUCCAAUGAAUUAUUGCAAGUUUAAUUUACAUCCAUCCAGUUUUUACUACAUACAUUGAA